AGAGGUUCUGUGGGCACAGUGGCGGGGUCCCUGAAGGGGACGAGAGCAACCGGCGAGCUUUGGAGCACCUGGGGGCAGCGCUGCGGCCCGGAAAGGGGAGAAGGGACGGUACCCGCGUCCGAACUCGCUGGGAUCAGAGCUGGUCCGGAGGAGGGCCUGGGGCAGCCGCGCGAUGCUCGGGGCCCGGUGCCUGCUCCGAGCGCUGCGUUCCUGUUCCUCCGCUCCCUGCCCGAGACACCAACCUGUCGCCAAACUGAGCGUGCGGGACGCUCUCGGGGCCCAGAACGCGAGUGGGGAGCGCGUUAAGGUCCAGGGAUGGAUUCGUUCAGUCCGGUCCCAGAAGGAAGUCUUGUUCCUGCAUGUAAAUGAUGGGUCGUCUUUGGAAAGCCUUCAGGUUGUAGCAGAUUCAAGCUUUGACAGUAGAGAACUGGCUUUUGGGAGUUCUGUGGAAGUUCAAGGGCAGCUGGUAAAAAGUCCAUCCAAAAGGCAAAGUGUGGAACUGAAGGCAGAAAAAAUCGAAGUUGUUGGAAAUUGUGAUGCCAAGGCUUUCCCUUUUAAAUAUAAAGAGAGGCAUCCUCUGGAGUAUCUGAGACAGUAUCCUCACCUUAGGUGUAGGACUAAUGUUCUCGGUUCUAUCCUGAGGGUUCGCAGUGAAGCCACAGCUGCUAUUCAUUCUUUCUUUAAGGACAGUGGCUUUGUGCACAUUCAUACUCCAGUAAUCACAUCCAAUGACUGUGAGGGGGCUGGAGAACUUUUUCAAGUUGAACCUUCAAGCAAAAUAAGGUUACCUGAGGAGAAUUUCUUCAGUGUUCCUGCUUUCUUAACUGUCUCGGGACAACUUCACCUAGAAGUGAUGUCAGGAGCUUUUACUCAAGUGUUUACCUUUGGUCCAACAUUCCGAGCGGAGAAUUCUCAGAGCCGGAGACACCUGGCAGAGUUUUACAUGGUAGAAGCCGAGAUUUCUUUUGUUGAUAGCCUUCAAGAUCUCAUGCAGGUUAUGGAGAGGCUCUUCAAGACGGCAACAAUGAUGGUUCUCUCAAAUUGUCCUAAAGAUGUUGAACUCUGUCACAGAUUCAUAGCUCCUGGCCAAAAGGACAGAUUAGAAAAUAUGCUAAAAAACAACUUUUUAAUCAUUUCUUAUACUGAAGCAGUGGAGAUCUUAAAGCAGGCAUCCCAGAACUUCACCUUCACCCCAGAGUGGGGUGUUGAUCUACACACUGAACAUGAAAAGUACCUGGUGAAGCACUGUGGCAACAUACCAGUCUUUGUCAUUAAUUAUCCCUUAGCACUCAAGCCUUUCUACAUGAGAGAUAAUGAAGAUGGCCCUCAGCACACAGUUGCUGCUGUUGAUCUUCUUGUUCCUGGAGCUGGAGAGCUCUUUGGAGGAAGCCUCAGAGAGGAACGGUACCAUUUCUUAGAGCAGCGACUGGCCAGAUUAGGACUGACAGAAGCCUACCAAUGGUAUCUGGACCUCCGUCGAUUUGGAUCUGUGCCACAUGGAGGUUUUGGGAUGGGAUUUGAACGCUAUCUGCAGUGCAUCUUGGGAAUUGACAAUAUCAAAGAUGUUAUCCCUUUUCCAAGAUUUACUCAUUCAUGUCUUUUAUAGCUGGAAGACUGGUUAAGGAAGAUCCCUCCGUGCCAGAGGUAUUGCACAUGAGCGUGCAUACAGGAGAAUGCAUGUUUGAAUUUCAGAAAUGCACAAGUUUUUAUGUGUAAUUGUCAUGCCGUAAGAUAUAACAAUUGAAAAAUAGAAGUGAUCAUGAUUUUCUUAGAAAGUUGAGAGCAUUUCAUAGAAAGAUGAAUUCCCUCAAGAAGAGGUACUGAUAGCAGGUAGAAUCUCAAAUCUAUUAUGUCAAUUAAGAAGAAAUGAAGAAAUUGAACUAGAUGGUCUCCAAGUGCCUUUUAAACUUGAAGACACAGUGAGACAGGGUAUUUUACUUUGUCUUUAAUUAUUAGAUCCUUUCCUGUGUGACCCUGAGAAACAACUAGUAGCUAAAAAUAAAAUGUUAUUGGAUCUUUUCUCCUCUGCCAUUUAACCUAUGAUAAAUGCCCAUCUUAUUCUCAGUUCUUUACUAAACAUUACAGAAGUAAAUAUUCCUUUUGGGGGCCUUAAUUGAGUUAAUAAAGUUGCUAUUCUGAAUUGAAAUCUUCUUUCAUUAGACUGGGUGAAAAAAAUCACAUUUAAUAACUGUUGAUCUUUAAUUCUAAAAGCUAACAAGAUGUAUUAAUUAUUUAAACUAAUCACUGUUGUGUUAUAAUUAAUGUUAGAUGUUUAUAACUUCUAUAAUAAUAAAUAGAUUUUUGAUAC